AUGAGCAAGGUAAAGGCGUCCCUCGGCAGCCUUGCCGCCGCCAUUCGGAGCACCGUUACCUGCACGAGCCCCGGCGGCAACGUCAUCGACGACGAUGACGAGGACAAUUUCUUGGCGGACACUGCCAAGGACGGCGGCGCGUCGAAGUCUGGGCAGCCGGCCUUCGUCGAAAUCGACCUGCUGCGCAGCGACCGCAACCGAGCGCGCAACUUUCCAGACAACUCCAUCCGCACGGCCAAGUACACGCCUCUCACGGCCUUGCCCCUCAGCCUUCUCUACCAGUUCUACAAGAUCUCGAACAUCUAUUUCCUGAUUGUGAUGGUCAUCGCGCUCGUGCCAGGGGCAAGCCCGAUCAACCCCUUCAGCAGCAUCGUGCCUCUGUCCUUCGUGAUCGGCGCUGGCAUCUUCAAGGACCUCUGGGAGGACUGUAAGCGGCGCAGGGCGGAUCUCCAGGCCAACAAAAUGACCGUCUACGUCCUGCAAGCAUGCACGGGGGUGGCUAGCAGGGGUGUUAACGGCAACGGCAGCGCCGCCGCCGCCAGCAGCAGCACCAGCAACAGCAGCACUCUUAUCGGGAAGCAAAACCCCACGAGUGAUAGCGACGCCGGAGCCACCGAGCCGUUGCGCGUGCACGGUGUCCACGAUCACCAGCAGCACCCUCACCGCCGGCAGCAGCGCGUCGUCUCGCGGCCAAGCAGCCCGAGGGAGGACACCGCGGUCACCCGCAACAAGCCAUAUGGUGGGGAAGAGGUGCGUGCGGUGGACGAGGUGGAGAUGACCGCCUACGGCCGAAAUUGCGGCGCAUCGAAAACGUCCUCAACGGCAUUCAGCCUUGGCCGCACUGCAGCGCAGCCUCAAAAGUCGGCGACUCCGGACGCUGCAACGAAGCCGGUAGUCACAUUCCAGCAGGUGCGUAGCAGCGAAGUGUACCCUGGUGACAUCAUGCUCUUCCGCCUUGGUGAGGAAGUGAAGGCGGACUGUCUAAUCUUGAACACGUCGCUGCCGGACGGGCUGACGUACAUCGAGACGGCCAACCUCGACGGCGAGACCAACGCGAAGACCCGCCGCGCCAAGAUCCAGACGGUGGAGGCACUGGGGACAGUGGAAGACGUGGUGGAGAAGGCUCUCGGCGUCUCGGCAAGCAACGCGGCGGCCGUGCACGCCCGCAUGAACGGCAUCGAUACCGGGCCACAGGAUGUCUGGGGUGUGUCAAGCGGAACCGCUGCCCCAGCGAAGGUGCGCAUGGACUGCUGUGGGGCAUUUGGCGGCGGUCAGGCUGUUAGCGCCCGUGGACAAUUGACAGACGCAUCAGGAAGAGGGGCAGCGGCGACGGGCGCCAAGCACCUCGAUGCGUCACUGACCGCCACCUUGCCUGCCGCCCUUGGCAAGGGUUCAUGGUCGCCCGUGCUCUCGGCGAAGACCGCGGCGGCCAAAGCUGGUGACGUGGCCGUCCCCACCGCGAUCUCAGAGUCAAGCUUCCCAUCUGGAGGCUUGUACGACUACUCACCGCAGCACCAGCACAACUCGCAGGUGCCGACCUGCCUGGAGUGCCCAGAGCGAAAAGCGGCCGAGCGCGACUCAGCUGCAGCGACGGCGGAGAAAGGGGCCGUCCUCCUCCGCCCCCAGCACGAGCGCAGCUUCUCUGAUCAACAGAAGCACUUUCCCAGCUCCACCGCCGGCAUCCCCCUCGCACAUAGCAACACGGACUUGAGUGCCGCGGCGUCAGGCAACUUCCAUAGCGUGCCUAGUAACGUCUCGCCAGACAUGUCCCCAGAGCGAAUGCUGCGCCAGCGACACAUGACCUUGAAUGAGCGACUUGCCGAGGACGGGCAGCUGCCCAUGCCACUCCAGCUUCGUCAGCUCUCGGAGCAUUACGAGCGCACCGUGCACAGUCGCACAAGCAGCGCAGGUGCGCGUGUGUCUUCCCAGCACGUGUGCCCACACAACUCCACCAAUCGCGCGGGCGAGAGCGAGUCUGUGUUCGACGACGCCGCCGAUCAUCAUCACAGGAGCCGUGAAUCGCAGCAGAGGAAGGUGUCUGAGCCACAGCGACGCAACGGGGCAGGUGACGCGGAAACGGGCGCCUCAGGACCGCGAUCCGGAGACGGCCCCCACAGCCAGUCGUGUGGCUUCUCAGUGCUCGACCAACCUGGGGUGGCUCACAACGAGCCGCUCCAGGACAGCCGCAUCGCCAACGGCAGCGAUAGCGUCUCUGACGCAGCCCCGGGCGUGCCGCCCGCCUCCGGCGUGGUUCUCAUCUCCUGCCCCCCCGCGCCGGACCUGUCGACGUGGUUCGGCCAGCUGCGCUUGCCAUCAGGCGAGAUGGUGCCGCUCGGCAUUGACCAGUUCCUUCCACGUGGGUGCCUAAUCCGCAACACGGACUGGGUGAUCGGUGCGGUCGUGUACACGGGUCGCCACACCAAGAUGCUGCUGAACCUGCGGCCGAAGCCGCACAAGGUCACAAACAUGACACAGCGCCUGAACCAGAUGAACAUGCUGUUCUUCGCAUUCAACCAGGUGCUGAUAAUGCUGCUCUGCGGGCUGGCCAUCUGGAGCAAGCACCAACUGCUGCGCCAGGUGCCUGGGGCGAAGAGCGAUCACUCGGCCUGGUACAUCCAGUGGAACCUCGAGCGCUACUCGGACAGCUCGUUGUUUUGGUGGCGCUACCUGACAAACUUUGUGCUGGUGAGCUACCUCAUUCCCCUCUCCCUCUACGUCACUCUCGAAUUCAACAAAGCCAUGCAGAUGCUCCUCAUCGGCGCGGACAAGCGCAUGGCCGUUUUCGACGAGUUCACCGGGGCCAUCAAGAGGGCGCGUCCCAAGACGUCUGAGCUUAACGGCCAACUCGGCCACGUGCGCUACAUCUUCACGGACAAAACGGGGACCUUGACAGAGAACCUCAUGACGUACGUUGGCGGCGUGGUCAACGGGCACACGCACAACGAAACGGAGAAGCCUGGCGGCAUCGGCCGCGCGCUUCUUCGUCGUAACACUGCAUACACCGCGGCCAGUGUCCUCACUAGCGUCCGUCCGAACAACAUGGGCUCACCCCGCGAAUUGUCGCUGCACUGUGACCAUCCCACGCAUCGUCGCCUCAGCUCAUCCCUCGGCGGCAGAGAGGCAAGCACUCUCAGCGACGCUGCCGUAGCAGGCACUCUGGCAGGCAUGCGGGGUGCGAGUGCCAUCGUCUCCGCGGACGCCGCCGCGAACAGCAGCAACAGCUGUAGCACGGGUGGCGCUCGUGGCCAUAACUCCUCUACCCACCCCCUCCAGCGCCUGGCGGCGGUGAUGGCGAGUCACAUAGCCGCUGACGCCCACGCCGGCGGUGACGGCAACAAUGUCGUCCUGUCACCAAGCACGGUGGUAGCCACCUCCCCUGCGUCGCUGGCCGCUACGGGGGACAUCAGCGCCACCUCCCCGCAACCGCCGAAUUUGCCGCCCUCCAGCAGCUACCCGUGUGGCAGCGGAACGUUCGGCGGGAACCCCUUCCCGGGCUUUGGCAGCACGGCUCCUGGAGCGGAUGGUAAUGAGCCCAGGGGUGUCGGCAGCUUGGCCGGGCUGCGCAACAUCAGCGAAGCCGUGCUGGAGCGCGACCCGCUCUUCUGCUACCUGCGCGCCAUCGCUCUGUGCCACUCCGUCGUGUGUUUUCCGGUAGACCCAGUCAAUGCCGUAGCGGAUCCGCAGCAGGCGGCAGAGAAGGGUAAAGGCGCGCCGCAGGAAAAGAAAGGGCACAAGGACCGUCUCCACAACAAGGAUCACAACACCUCCGCGGCGGCGGGCGAGGGCGGUGCGCCACAGAAGCGGAAGAGCAACCACCGCCAUCACAACCGUGCUGACGACGGCGCAGGCAAGGGUGCGUCGAGGCGACAUCGCGGCAGCGCUUCCACCGCAGAUCCCGAUCACUUGCGGGCGCAUCAUCAGCAGAGUCACGAGACUGCCCACCACGCAUCAGAUCUGGUCCCACUCUCGAAAAUAUUAUCUCUGAACGAUAUUUCGUCUGGUAACUUCGUUGAGAUCCCCUACGCCGUUCCCGCCGGCCCCGCGGUGUGUGAAGACUUGGAGCCCUACACCGUCGGCGGCACCAACGUCGGCGGAGGUCUCAGCAUAUCGGCUCACGACCACCUCACCCGCGCCAACACUGCACCUUUCGUGACGGCGGCGGCGAGUGCGGACGGCAGAACCCAUCAUCACCACACAAACACGCAUUCCGCAGUACCAGCGGCCACGGUGGUGGGCAUGGGGCCGGCGAAGGACACCUUCAAGCUAAGCAAGAACAACACACCUUUGCUGCACGGCCACACGAGCAGCACGAGUUGGUACCAACAUCGCUAUUUUAAUCGUGCGAUGCAUAAUCGAAACCUAAGUGCGCAUGUGAGCCACGACGGCGGGGAGCGCAACCCCACCCCUGCCGCUUCUCCUUCCGCCACAAUGUACCCAGACAGCAGCGCUGGCGAGUUUGCCGGACAAGCAGCAGCUCCGAGCGCGGUCUCCGAUCUCGAGCCGUUCAUUGACCGCAGCAAAAUCUACGAGGGACAGUCGCUGGACGAGAUCGCCUUGGUGAACGCGGCGCGCGAGAACGGGUUCUCGCUCUUCGAGCGGACGGCGAAGCAAAUUUAUGUGAAGGCGCUCGGCCGCGUCAUGUGCUACGACAUCAUUGCGGAGCUCGAUUUCACGCCGCAGCGCAAGCUGAUGAGCAUUUUGCUACAGCGACGACCUGAUUUUGACUCCGAGGCGGCGGCAUCAUCGGUGGCUGCCGGCGUGAGCGCGUAUUACCACCGCAGCGCACCAGGGAGCUCCACUGCCGCAGCAGCGGCGCGCGAGGCAUCCGGGUUGUUCGCGGCCACCGCCUCACGCGUCUUACCCGAGUGUGGUGUGGCAUCGCGGCCCCUGCAGUCGCAAAGCCACGACGGUCUCCGUGCUGUCCCCGCGCAGGACAAGAAGGCGAACGGAGUCGGUGCCGCGAGCUCGCGGCCAGCCGAGGACGCGCGGUUGUGCCGAGCCAAGACAACCUCGCUCUUCACCCUCACGGCGGCUGAGUUGUCGCUGCCGCUGUCGCGCCCAACCACCGUCGUGCUCACGAGCGAAGUACCGAAGAGUACAGCAGAGCAGCGGGAGGAAGAAGACGACAACAGGAACGCUGACGGACCCGCCACGAAAAUGCUUCCGCCACAGAGCAUCCUCUUGCCACCUCCGACGAAGCCGCAGCGCGUACCCCACUUUGGUAGCUCGGGUGUGUUCACAUCACCGCCCCCAUCAAACAGCGCACAGCAGCUGGCUCAUCAGCCAUCUUGCGGAGACCUGUCCUCCUACCACGACGGUUUCGGGAGUAGUGCGGUGUUGGGGCUUGCUGCCCCGGCCGGUGCGCCGGCCUCGGCACCAGGGAAGUAUCUGCUACUCGUCAAGGGAGCGGACAGCAGCAUGAUGGAGAUUGUGAACAUGCGGAACCGCGCCAACGUCCGGGUGAAGGACAAGAUGCUGAAGGAGCUGGACGCGAUGUCGAAGUUGGGCUUGCGCACCCUCAUCCUCGGCCAGCGCUACCUGCGCGAGGAGGAGGUGUGUGGGUGGCUGCCGAUCUUCAACGAUGCCCAAUGUGCGAUGCAGGACCGCAGCGAGAAGCUGCACAAGGCAUACGCGCUCUUGGAGAAAGAUAUCGACAUUGUUGGCGCCACUGCGGUGGAGGACAAGCUGCAGGAAGAGGUGCCGCAGACGCUGGAGUUCUGCAUACAGGCGUCCAUUGUGGUGUGGAUGCUGACGGGCGACAAGCGAGAGACGGCCGUCACCAUCGCCCACACGAGCGGUCUUGUCAAGAGCGACUACACCAACUACGUGUGUCAUCUCGAUGUCUCUGACAUUAUCGAGGAAGAGGUGUUGCUGCAGCAGAAGCAGCGGUACAGAGAAAGGUGUCGCCUUAAGGCGAAAGACAGCAGUGGCGACGGGGCAUUACCGCUGGAGAGCGUGUCUUCGAGCUCGUCGGACGCCGAUAGCCCCUUGCCUUCGCCAGUGGCAAGCACGACAACCCGGGCCCACCUGAGCGGGUCGUCCCGCAUGCAUUCACCGCAGCUGCCCAAUGUACUGCCGCAGGCGAGCAGCGUCGACCGCACCACCGUCGCCUCCACUGCAAGUCCGCUGCAAGACACGUCGAACACGAUCCCUGGCGGUGAUUCCACAGGAGCUGGGACGAGCAUCGCUGCCGACGCGGCGCAGGGCUUCCUCAUGCGCAAGUGCGCCCGCGUCGAGGAGCAGCUGAAGGCGGCCGAGGACAGGUGCAGCGAGGGGGAGGAGGUGUUCAACGACCGCGUCGUCGUCAUCGUGGUGGACGGCAAGACGCUGGACUUCAUCUUUGAGGACUGCAACCGUGCACGCCGCUUCUUCUUCCUCGGCAGUCGCUGCCGCAGCGCUGUGUGCUGCCGCAUGACCCCGCUCCAGAAGGCGAAGGUUGUGCGGAUGUUUAAACGCAACGCAAACGCCGUGGUGCUUGCCAUCGGUGACGGUGCCAACGACGUGUCCAUGAUCCAGGAGAGCAGCAUCGGUGUCGGCAUCAUGGGCUUGGAAGGGUCGCAGGCAGAGCUGGCAAGCGACUACGCCCUCCCGAAGUUUCGCUUCUUGAAGCGGCUGCUCUUCGUCCACGGUCGCUUCUCCGUCUUCCGCGAGGGGCACUGCGUCGUCUAUUCUCUGUACAAGAACGUGGUUGUGACGGUGGGCAUGGUUAGCUACCAGUUCUAUACGGGCUACUCGGGCCAGACACUGAUAGACUCGUGGUUGCUGGGCAUGUUCAGCGUCUUCCUCUGCUCUCUGCAGCCGCUGAUGAUUGGCAUCCUGGACAAGGAUGUCGAGGACGAGCUGGCCGAGUCCCUGCCGAGGUUGUACCCGCCCCUGUCACGCGAGUCCAUGUACUUCUCCGGCACGUACAUCAUCAAGUGGCUCGUCGACGGUCUUAUCGAGGGUCUCUUCUUCUUCUUCUUCCUCAUGUACACGGUCGGCGUGCAGGACAACCUGUAUCCGUACAUGUCCGCAGCCCUCGAGGACUACGGCACCACCUUCUUCACGAUGCUCGUCCUUGUCGCCGACCUCCGGGCCGGCACCCUGGUGACGUACUACAUGCUGCCCUUUGCGCUCGUGAUCGCGUUGGCCAUCCUCCUCGUGCCGGCCCUCGAGCUCGCCUACGCCGCCUUGCACGACGUCGCCGGUAGUAACUGGUUCGUGUACGUGGCGAACGAACUCUACGGCACGUCUGGCAAGUUCUGGCUGAUGCUUUUCUUUGCCUGUGGCGUGCUCGUCGUCUUCACCAUGGCGUCGAACAUGUACAUACAACUAUUCGCGCCCUGGCACAACGCGGGCUUCGCUAUGCGCGCUGCCCGCAGAUCGCACCACCGCAUCCCGUACCACCACACCAAGGAGGAGCUGAAGGCCGAGUACGCGCGGCUGCUUGCCCGGUACGAGGAGCUGACCAAGUUUCACCAGAAGCGGAAGGAGUCUGCAGCGAAGAGCAGGGGCACGAAAGGCAAGACCCGAACGCCGACAACGGCUGCUGCGGCUGCUGCCCCGGCUACUGAAAAAGUUGUGACAGCUGGCGCGCGGUGA